UGUCUUUAUAUACUCUGCACCGGAGCCAGGCCGACCUCUACAGGCGGGAUCUGACGGCGAGAUGUCUCACAGGAAAUUUUCCGCUCCCAGACAUGGGUCCUUGGGCUUCUUGCCUCGGAAGCGCAGCAGCAGACAUCGGGGCAAAGUGAAGAGCUUCCCCAAGGAUGACCCUUCCAAGCCGGUCCACCUUACAGCCUUUUUGGGCUAUAAGGCAGGCAUGACCCACAUCGUCCGAGAAGUCGAUCGGCCAGGAUCCAAGGUGAAUAAGAAGGAAGUAGUGGAGGCUGUGACCAUUGUAGAGACUCCGCCCAUGGUGGUUGUAGGCAUCGUGGGCUAUGUGGAAACCCCUCGAGGCCUCCGAACCUUCAAGACAGUUUUUGCUGAGCAUAUCAGUGAUGAGUGCAAAAGGCGCUUCUAUAAGAACUGGCACAAAUCUAAGAAGAAGGCCUUCACUAAAUAUUGCAAGAAAUGGCAGGACGACAUGGGCAAGAAGCAGCUGGACAAGGACUUCAGCAGCAUGAAGAAGUACUGUCAGGUCAUCCGAAUUAUCGCCCACACCCAGAUGCGCCUGCUUCCUCUUCGUCAGAAGAAGGCCCACUUGAUGGAGAUCCAGGUGAACGGGGGCACUGUGGCCGAGAAGCUAGACUGGGCCCGGGAGAGGCUGGAGCAGCAGAUCCCCGUGAACCAGGUGUUUGGCCAGGAUGAGAUGAUUGAUGUCAUUGGGGUGACCAAAGGCAAAGGCUACAAAGGCGUCACCAGCCGCUGGCACACCAAGAAGCUGCCCCGCAAGACCCACCGAGGGCUGCGCAAGGUUGCCUGUAUUGGAGCCUGGCAUCCUGCCCGUGUGGCUUUCUCUGUGGCUCGAGCUGGCCAGAAGGGCUACCAUCAUCGUACCGAGAUCAACAAGAAGAUCUACAAGAUUGGUCAGGGUUACCUUAUCAAGGAUGGCAAGCUGAUCAAGAACAAUGCCUCCACUGACUAUGACCUGUCUGACAAGAGUAUCAACCCACUGGGUGGUUUUGUCCAUUAUGGUGAAGUGACCAAUGACUUUGUGAUGCUGAAAGGCUGUGUAGUAGGAACCAAGAAGCGGGUGCUCACCCUCCGCAAGUCCUUGCUGGUGCAGACUAAACGGCGGGCUCUGGAGAAGAUUGACUUGAAGUUUAUUGAUACAACUUCUAAGUUUGGCCAUGGCCGCUUCCAGACCAUGGAAGAGAAGAAAGCAUUUAUGGGACCACUCAAGAAAGACCGGAUUGCCAAGGAGGAGGGUGCUUAAUAUCAGCACAGUCCCCACCUGGUGGGGUCUUAAUAAAAGCUUUUCCAGUGA